CCAUCACAGAAGACAUUGUAUCAACUUCAGGCCGAGAAAAUCUUAAAAGUGCAAGAACUGGCUUAUGAACUCACCGGAAGGAAAUCGACAGUUCCUUGGUACAUCAUGACAAGUGAACACACCAUGGAAGAAACGAAAAAGUUUAUUGAAAAACACAAUUACUUUGGGCUGCAAAUAAACAAUGUGCUAUUCUUUGAGCAGCACACCAUUCCUUGUCUAACAAUGGAUGGAAAAAUUAUUCUUGAUCAAUGUGGUAAAGUUGCCAGAGCCCCUGGAGGAAAUGGUGGUUUGUACACUGCCCUUAUCAAUGAUGGUGAAGAUGACCAUGUUACCAUUGGUACAAUGAGAAAGCGAGGAAUAGAGUAUGUUCAUGUGAACUGUGUCGACAACAUCCUUGUUAAGAUGGCAGAUCCUGUGUUUGUUGGAUUUUGUGUUGACAAUUCAGCAGAAUGUGGUGCAAAGCUUGUUGAUAAAACACUUCCAGAUGAGACAGUUGGAGUUGUUGUGAAAUGUGAGGACAAACAUCAGGUCGCUGAAUACAGUGAGAUAUCAAAAGAAAUUGCAGAGAUGAAAGACCCAGUCCACAAUGAUAGGAUCUUAUUUCUAGAUGGAAACAUUUGCAAUCAUUUCUUCACUGUGGACUUCUUGGAGAAAAUUGUAACGGAGCAUGAACCAUCACUCAAGUUUCACAUAGCUAAGAAGAAGAUUCCAUUUGUUGAUAAAAGUGGAAAAAGGCAUAUACCAGUGGAACCAAAUGGAAUUAAACUGGAGAAGUUUGUCUUUGAUGUCUUUGAGUUCACAGAGAAACUUGCCUUUCUGGAAGUUGCCAGAGAAGAUGAAUUUUCUCCUCUAAAAAAUGCCAAGGGCUCACCAAUGGAGAGUCCAGAAACAGCACUCAGGGACUUGUCAAAUUUGCAUCAUAGAUAUCUAACCAAAGCUGGUGCCAAGUUCAAAGAUGCCAAUGGGGCCACAUCUAUAGUCUGUGAAAUUUCUCCUCUUCUUUCCUAUGCUGGAGAGGGGUUAGAGAAUAAAGUUAAAGGCAAAGAAUUUUCUGCCGCAGAUGAAAUUUACCUCACAGCAGAUGAAGAAGAAAAAAUAGAAGAACCAGCGCCCAAGAAAAGUAGAGAAGGCUGAGAUUGUUUUCAAAAUUGUCGCUAAAUCAUCCGACAGCCUACGACGUUUGCUCCUAUUUCCUUCCUUAAUUGAGUCAAAUUGAUCAGCGGCCACUAGGCGGCCACUUUAAAAUCAAGCCAUUUCAUGAUUGUGUGAGUUCUCAGGCGUGGUUUCAUAAGAUUUCCCAAUCAUUUCAAAACAAAAAAUUCAAGGCGAUCUGAAGUAUUUGAAAACACAACAGUACUAGCACUACGACCCGAACGAUCAUGAUGAUCGGAUAGAGGUAAAGAGUUCUAUCGAGACGAGUAUUUUCCCGAUGGUCCCACGGGUCAGUAGUAGUCCAUACUGUGUUUCCACAUAAUCUUCCCAAUCGUCUGGUAGAUAACCAUUUAAGAUUUAAGAUAAUCAUUUUUAUUGGCCGAAAUCAUAACUUCAGACACUUACAGAACCACGGUGGGCUAGUGUCUAAAGGUGACCGAAGCAAAAUAUCAAGAAAAGGUUUUUGAAGUAACUUCUUGGGUGUUAUGGUUGAAAAGUCUUUGAAGCACUUUGCAAUUUGUUUUCCUUGCGCGUGAGUGAUAAUUUGUGAUGACAAUUUAUUGAGCACUUGAGGAAUUGCCGACGCAAAAAAUGUGUGAAAGCCGUUAAGGUAUUGGUUAACUGUAUUUUUGAUUGAAGUAAGAGCAAUGAUGUUUCUAUUGCAGGUAGAUGAGAUAUCUGAAAAAAAGUUACGAAAUUCUGAUACAUAUUUAAAUUAUGAACAAUAUUGAUCAAUCAGUAUGUUCUGGGAACUUAGCAACUGAAAGUUUAAUCGUGAAGUAUUUGCAUGGAUGAUUAUUGUGGAGUGAGAACUGAAGCAUUACAGAACAAUGACGGUUCUACCAUUUUCCGUCUGCUUUUAGUAUUUUUGUGCAAAGGGAUAUGAUUGUAAUGUGAUUAAAAGAUUUUCGUCAUUUUCCUGUUGACUGAAA